AUGGCACCAAUGAAUAAUCAGAAUUUGAAUUACAGUAGUAAUUACGGCGAGGCCACUGCCCAGAAGGUCAAUGUCCUUGCCUCUUGCUACCUCGUCGACUCUGCCGCCAACCUCAAGGGCCUCCACUACUGCACUACCGGGGUUGCAGGAUUACCCUCCCCUCCAACAAGCCCCCCCCUCGCCGCAUUAACCUCGUCUAACGAGCUCGCUCUCUUGCCCAAGAACAAGAAGCGAGAAAUCCCAGGCCGGCGCCUGGGCCGACGAGGGGGGGCAGCACUUUCGAUCAGGGAAGAAUGUGAGAGAUUCUUUUGCGAGUCCAUGAAGGCGACGUUCCACGGUGAGAGGAAUUCGUCCAUGAAUGGCUCCGGCCUGUCUGGUGCUUUUUUACCAACGCCGCCGUCCGAUGACCGGCUUCCCGAACACUUCAAGCCUGUUUCCGAUGACAAGCUAUCUGCCUACGACAUUACCGCUUGGCUGGAGGUUUGGGACUAUGCCGGCGGUGCGAGCUUCCGUGCCUUUGUUGCUGAUGAUGGAGAGGAGAAAUCUCUCUUUGUCUUCUUCGACGUUGAAGGCGUCCUCGGCCGAGACCUGAAAAAGGCUCUCAUGGCCCUUAUCGAAUUGGCCGACGGUCCUUUGGACUGUGCCCACAUUGUUACCUGCAUUGACAGGCGUAUCCCCGCGGAUGACGUUCACUCUCUGUCAAAGAGCCUUCAGUGGGUUGGCUUCGACAUGGUUACCUUGGAUCACUGGGCCCAUGAUCUUGAUGUUACGAGCAAGAAGUGGAUGUUGAUGGGCAUGGAGCUAUAG